GAUGGGCUGGUGGGUAUGGAGGUUGGGUUCGCCCCUGCUUGGAACAAAGAAGUGGCCGUGAGGACACAGAUCAGAGGUUCGGGAGCAAGAGGCUGGGACGUGCUUAUGCAGGAUGGGGAGGGUGUGAGAGAAGGGCUUCUAGCUGGACACAGCCGGGCUGUCAGUCAGCAGGUCUCCGAAGCUGGCAAGAGCGCCCUGGGCUGGCUGGGCAGGAUGGAAGAGAAGCUGAAGAAAACCAAGAUCAUCUUCGUGGUGGGUGGGCCCGGCUCGGGGAAGGGCACCCAGUGUGAGAAGAUUGUCCAGAAGUACGGCUACACCCACCUGUCCACCGGGGACCUCCUUCGGGCCGAGGUCAGCUCGGGCUCGGCCAGGGGCAAGAUGCUGUCGGAAAUCAUGGAGAAGGGGCAGCUGGUGCCGCUGGAGACAGUAUUGGACAUGCUCCGAGACGCCAUGAUGGCCAAGGUGGACACUUCCAAAGGCUUCCUGAUCGAUGGCUACCCUCGGGAGGUGCAGCAGGGCGAAGAGUUUGAGCAGCGGAUCGGACAGCCCACCCUGCUGCUGUAUGUGGACGCAGGCCCCGAGACCAUGACCCAGCGGCUCCUGAAGCGCGGAGAGACCAGCGGGCGGGUGGACGACAACGAGGAGACCAUCAAGAAGCGGUUGGAUACCUACUACAAGGCCACGGAACCCGUCAUCGCCUUCUAUGAGAAACGUGGCAUCGUGCGCAAGGUCAAUGCCGAAGGCUCCGUGGACAGCGUCUUCUCCCAGGUCUGCACCCACCUGGAUGCCCUCAAGUAGCAACACCGCCCGGAGCCCCUUCCCCAGCUCAGAGCCCAGCCCCACCCCUGUCCUGACUCAGGAGUCCUGGCCUGAGCUCAGCGCCUCCACCCCGCCCGCCCGGCGGCGGGAGCACAGACAGAGGAAGCCACUUUAUCCUGUUUUCACGGACAGCUGAGCACUAAAGGAAUUUCCGAGGACA